UGUGAAUUGAAUUGAAUUUAAUUGAUUUUAUUAUCGCAAAAAUAAUAAAUUCCUGCCAAUGAAGCAACAUUAUAUGUAAAAUAUGUCGUUUCCAAAGAUCGAAGGAUAUGUAGUAACUGAGAAACUCGGUUCGGGCAGCUAUUCAACAGUCUAUAAAGCCUAUACUAAGGUGGGUGCCAGAACGACCGUAGCUGUAAAAUGCAUAGACAAGUCCCGCAUCAAGCACUCUGGCACUGCCAUAGACAACCUGGUGACAGAGAUAAGAUUGUUGAAGACUCUCACACACCCACACAUAGUCCACAUGAAGGAAUUCACUUGGGAUGACAGAAACAUCUAUAUAAUAAUGGAGUACUGCUGUGGAGGAGAUUUGUCCAAGUACAUACACAGAUACGGGAGAGUGCCAGAGAAACAAUUAUUUCUUGCAGGUGCUGUAUUUCCUUUAGCAAUUGGCAUCAGCAUUAAAGUUUUUAAGAGAAAAAGGUUCGCUCAGCACAUGUCAGAGGAGUCGUCUCGUCACGUGCGCGGGUCGCCGCUGUACAUGGCGCCGGAGAUGUUACUGGGGGAACACGACGCCAGGGUCGACCUGUGGAGUGUAGGAGUCAUCGUGUAUGAGUGUCUGUUCGGGCGCGCGCCAUACUCCUCCGCCACCUUCAACGAGCUCAUCGACAAGAUCCAGCGUCGCGCCCCCAUACAGAUUCCAGCCAACGCGUCCAUAUCGCCCGGUUGUCGCGACCUGCUGACGAGGCUGCUCCGACACGACCCGGACCAGCGGAUAUCGUACGACGACUUCUUCAACCACGAAUACCUAGAUCUAGAGCACAUGCCUUCCAAGGAGAACUACAAUAAGGCGAAGGCGCUGAUGGCGCUGGCCAUCGACCUGGAGUGCGCUGGAAGGUUGCCUGAAGCACUGGCCGCUUACAGCGACAGCUUGCGGUACUUGGAUCCUGGGUAUAGUCUUCCUCAUAUUCGGCUUCAUCACCUCUUCAUCAUCGGCAGCCUCAUCUACUGCGUGGUUCUCUGCCGGGAGAACCCCUACCCUCGACAUCCCGAGGACUUCUACUGGUCCAAGACCAUCGGCCCUUCGGAAAUGCACUACAGUGCUAGUGGGAAACCGUAUCGCCAAAAUGGACAUAAUGGACAUAGAUACGACAAAUACAAUGGAAACGGAAAGUAUUCCGAUAGAGAAAGUGCUAAGGGUUACUCGGAUAGAGAGAGUAAGUUAAGUAGGUACUGAAUGUUUGAUUAAUAAAGCUGCAGACACAUUGUUGUGGUACCUACGUCGGGUUACGGGAUAGUACAAGGCGAUCAGAAUCGAACAUUUUAAGUAUACUUACCUAUAAUUAUUCUUAUAAUUGAGGUGUAACCAGAAUGCUAGCAAAAACUUAGCGUGUCCUAUUUACGGACCGGUCAUUGAUCUCUAGCGACAGUUAGAUGUUUUAUUUGCAAUAUACUGUGAACUAUUAAAUAAUACAGAAUUUUCCAAAAAAAAAAUCGUGGUUUUUUUAUAUCUUAUCAGUAGGUAGGUUACUAUUACCUGUCUUUUGCUAACGUUCUCGUUACAGUCUGUAUGUAGAAGUGCACACUAGUCUUCGUGACGUUGAUCAUCACGCCCGAUUACAUUACAACAACAAAGUAAUGUGUUGCGGCUUUUAGGGUGCGUUUCCACUGAAGCGUAGCGGAGCGAUUCACUAAUCUGAUUGGUCGAAACCUCACAUCAUUAUUACCUAGGACUAAGUUCUUCUUCUAGAAACCUCCGCCUUUUCUGGAUACUAAUUUACCAAAUUACAUUAGAUCCUAUUUAUAACGAUUUUUAUGGGCCAUUUAUUCCCAGACUUCGAAAGAAAUAUUGAUAAAAUACUUAUUUAAAUUCGUUAAGUCUUUAAAAAACGUGUAUCACCAGAUGAGAUUGCAGUCAAGGGCUAACUUGUAUCUGAAAAAAAAAAGUAAAAAUCUUUUCCUAACUCCAUAUUUCCACUUUAUCGGAUACUAGGUCUUUUACAAGUAGUUAGCUAUUCUAUAUACAUGAUGAGUUUAUAUAUUUUAACAGAAUUACCAAUGUAUAAUAAUACAAAUUUGUACAUGUUUUAUCUGAUUUAUAGUUAGGAAAAUAAAAUAAAUGUUUACUAACUUUCAAUUAAUAUUAAAACAAUUGUAUUGUUUAGUAAGUUUAAUUUAUAACAUUUAUUGUAAAUAAUUUAUACAUUGAUGUUUC